CUCCUGCAACCGACUUCGACAUCAACUAGUUUGCAUCCCGUCACCAUCUUCUCGCCUGUUGACGAAACCCACCCCAAUACCGUGGUGUGACUCAGCGAUAUAGUGCUUUUUGCUUUCCAUCUUCCACACUUCGUGUCGUCAACGCAACAGCGAUUACGACAACCACAACCACCCACCUUUACACAACUAAUAUCACACAAUGGCGUUGAAGCGCAUUAACAAGGAGCUCGCUGAUCUCGGCCGCGAUCCGCCCUCCUCUUGCUCUGCUGGCCCUCAGGGUGAAGAUCUUUUCCACUGGCAAGCGACCAUUAUGGGCCCUGCCGACUCCCCCUACACCGGCGGCGUUUUCUUCCUCAACAUUCAGUUCCCUACCGAUUAUCCUUUUAAGCCUCCCAAAGUCAGCUUUACCACCAGGAUCUACCACCCCAACAUCAACUCGAACGGCAGCAUCUGCCUCGACAUUUUGAGGGAUCAGUGGAGUCCGGCGUUGACGAUCUCCAAGGUUCUGCUCUCCAUCUGCUCGAUGUUGACGGAUCCCAACCCUGACGACCCGCUUGUGCCCGAGAUUGCGCACGUGUACAAGACAGACCGCGCCAGGUACGAGGCGACGGCUCGCGAGUGGACCCGGAAGUAUGCUAUCUAGAGUAGAUAAUGGGAUGGAUUUAUGGCCGACAAGCAGCGCUGGAUCGUUUCUUCAACGUUUUGGCUCCUCUUUUGGAGGGGCACCCACAUAUUCACCAUGGGAGCACGAGUGUAUUGUGGUUCCGGUUCGCGUCCUAUAUUCCUCUAGGCCCAGAGGGAAUUCCCAGCUUUCUUCAGUGCGAACGUUGCAAAAAUUGCAAAUGCCAUUCGAGCGGCUCGAAACAGUGGAGGAUGGGGGUGUGGCACAGCAAGCGGUGUCUUUCGAUGUCACGACAAGGGGCGGGGCGGAAUCAGCAGGCGCAAGAUGCAACCAUUGCGUACCGGCACUCAAGUUUCUUUGCUCGCAUCACAUUAUUUACAAAGGUCUGCAAUACCAAGGGGUUCCAGUACAAUAGCAUUCUGUCUUUCCCUCUAUCGUUCCUGAUG